AGAAAAGUUCGUUGUCAUUCAUAAUCCUCAUGGCAUCAAUCAUGUAUCAAAUGAAAAUAUUCCGGCACGAGAUGCAUUCUUCAAAAGUGUAUCGAAAAGUCAUCCACUAUGGUCUAACACAUCAGGAACUCAAUUACUUGCAUGGUCGGAUUUAAAGCAAUCUUGUAAUCGUGUUCAGAUAUGUUAUCUGUCUGUUCAAUCUCAACAAACAUUAUUUGGUCAUUGGUCAUCGACAACUGAUGGUGGUUGUUCUAAUUAUGCGACGUUUUAUCGUAAUCCAUUCAUUCUUCUAUCUUCUGCGUCUGUAAAGAAAUUGACCGUAGUUCUUGGUCAUAUGGUUGAUCAACGACAUCAACGAACAGCAGCAGAUGUGAAACUGAACUAUGCACAGAUUGGUAUCACUGUCGUUCAAUUGAAAUCUCAUCCGAUUUCUACUCAUGAUAAUUACGAAGUUGUCUGUCAAUCGAAAUUUUGGAAUAAACGUGAAGUGACUCUGGCCAUCGAUGUUGAAUCGAAACAAAAACAACAAUAUGCAAUCGUUCUGUCAACAUUCUAUCCAAACAUUCACAGUUCAUUCUGGAUACAAAUAUUUUCCCAGCAGUCACUGGCACCAUUAGAAUUACGAACAUGGACGAGUGCUUUUCAACAAACACCUCAAAGUCUACAAGGAGAAUGGCGUAGAGAGAAUGCUGGCGGCCGUAGAGUAAAAUCCAGUGCAACAACGUUCAAUCAAAAUCCUGCAUAUCUUCUCACACUAUCAGGUGCAUCUGCUGUUCGCAUCAUUCUUCAGCAAUUAUUUGAAGCAGACACUCCACUAGCUGAGCAUUAUCCCAUUGGUAUUUAUAUCGUUUCAAAAACAUUUGGCGAAGAUCCAGCAUUUGUUCGAGCUAGAUCUGUGUCGAGAUUAGUAAAUCUAAAGAGUGAGGAAGAAUAUUACAUCGUUCCAGCUUGUUUUGAACCGAAUUCGUUUGCUAAGUUUGCAGUUGAUGUUCUGUGUGACACACCAUUUACGCUCGAUUCUAUGGAAAGAAAACUGCCGAUAGCGUUGCAGUUUGAAAAUAAAGUAUCCACACCUCCUUCAACGACAAGAAAACCAGUGACGACAACAACAACCACCAGAAGAGAUGUACCAAAAAGAACAACUAUAUCUCUUGCUGCCGCUCGGAUGUCUACCAUAGCAGAUGAAUAUUCAAAAAUGAAUGAUUGA